CUACAAGCACCUUGAACAUCAAUUAUUUCCUUUCUCUCUUUCAUAUCUUUUAAUCGCAUCGUCCCGAGUUAUUUUAUUUACUGAGAGUAGUUUACGUGUCAACGAGAAAAAAUGACGAUCAAAUCAGUCGUCGUUGAGCAGCCUACCCUUGGGUUUGAAGCCGAGAAGAAGAUAAAGUUGAUUGAUAUUGAAGCCGAUAAGCUGGUGGCUAGCGGCGAAUUCACGGUACCGGAAGAAAAUGCAUUCGGACGAUCGUUCAGGGAUUACGAGAACGCGAACAACGAAAGGCAUCGGCUUGUCGAGGAGCUCUACCGUCAGCAACACGUCCAUCAAACUUUCGAAUUCGUAAAGAAGAUGAGGGAGGAGUAUGGGAAACUGGAGAAGGGAGAGAUGAGCAUUUGGGAAUGCUGUGAGGUUUUGAACGACAUAGUGGACGACAGUGAUCCUGAUCUUGACGAACCCCAGAUCAUGCACUUGCUGCAAACUGCUGAAGCCAUUAGGAAGGACUACCCUAAUGAGGAUUGGCUUCACCUGACUGCUCUCAUCCAUGAUCUGGGGAAGAUUCUGAUCCAUCCCAACUUUGGAGGGUUGCCUCAGUGGGCUGUUGUUGGUGAUACAUAUCCGGUCGGAUGUGGUUUCAGUGAGACCAUUGUUCACCACAAGCUUUUCACGGAGAAUCCAGACUACAAGAAUCCAGAAUACAAUACCAAAUUUGGUGUCUAUAGUGAAGGGUGUGGCCUUAACAAUGUGAUGAUGACUUGGGGCCAUGAUGACUACAUGUAUUUGGUCGCAAAAGAAAAUGACACCACUUUGCCAUCGGCAGGAUUGUUCAUCAUCCGUUACCAUUCAUUUUACCCGCUGCACAAAGGCGAGGCGUACAGAUACUUGAUGAACGACGAAGACAGGGAGAACCUGAAAUGGCUCAACAUAUUCAACAAAUACGACCUGUACAGCAAGAGCAAGGUUCCAAUUAACGUGGAAGAGGUUAAACCGUAUUAUCAGUCCCUCAUUGAGAAGUAUUUUCCGGCAAAGCUCAAAUGGUGAAGCUGGAGUGAAGCCUUGCAGAAUGAAGAGCGAUACAAGUUGUUUAUUCGUAAUUAUACAUAAAUAAUGAGAAAAUUCUUGGCUUUGAAUAAAGGGAUUAAAUCGUUGUAGUUUGUAUUACAGAAGGUGUCUCAAUUGGAAUUGUAAUAUUGACGAGGAAAUGUAGAGAUAUAAUAGAUCUAUUCGUAUCUA